GUAGCGAUGGCGUCAGCGUUUAGUGUCGGGGUUGUUUCGGUGGUUUUCAUCAAUUUUGUUCAGUAUGCAUCGUCCAUCUUCUGCUAUGACUGCAACAGCGCAUUUGACCCACGAUGCGGGGAAGAGUUCGACUCUUUCAGCCUCGGUGUGGUCAACUGCUCGCUACGUGACCCUCCUGACCAUAUAAACGUGUCUGAGCCGAGAAUCUGCAGAUCAAUUAAGAUGGAGAUAUAUGGCAAAGUCCGCGUCGUCCGCCAAUGUGGCUACAUCGAAGACGAACGGAGCGAGAAGAACUGUCAACGCAGGCCAGGCAACGGGGACUUGUUCGUCACAUACUGCUCAUGUAAUACUGAUCUAUGCAACCAAGCGCCCCAACACGGGUUGGCAGCUGCGUUCGUGGUCAACAGGGUACCGUGGUCACCCGUAUAA